AUUAAGUGACAGACGGUGAACUUAACUUUAGUGCUAAGUAAGCUUAAUCUAUGUUAGUCGGUCUAGUAGUCGAGCAGGAUUUGGAAACGAAUUUAUUGUGGUACUUAAUGACAGACAUAGAGCCUGAAAUUCAAUAAAUAUGCGUAUCAACGCCACGGAGUCGGCGAGCAGCAUCCGAGCUGUACAGGGUGCCCUGAGUGUGCUGACAGCAUUGCAGCUCACUUCAUACCAGUUUCCAGAACAGACCUGUGUGUUUGAUGGUGCAUCAUACGAUUACAUAAUAGUUGGUGCUGGUACCACGGGGUGUGUGGUUGCCAACCGACUGACCGAGGACAGUAAUACAACCGUGCUACUCAUUGAGGCUGGAGGGGAUCCCCAAAUCGAAGCUGGUCUACCAGGCCUACUUCUAUAUAUGAAAGAAAAUGACUCAGCAUGGAACUAUACGACAGAACCUGACGGAACUUCAUCACACUGCCACAAGAAGUCCAUAGAUGACAUGUCCAUAGGAAGAGUCCUUGGUGGUUCCAGUUCAUCGAGCUACCUGCUAUACUCCGUAGGAAACCAUUAUGAUUACGACAACUGGGCAGAAAUAGUCAACGAUAGCACUUGGAACUGGGAGAAUGUUUUACCAUACAUUAAAAAGUCCCAGAGACUCGAGGAAUCUUCCAUUAUUAACUCGCCCCAAGGACAGUACUUUGGAACCGAAGGAAACAUUGGACUCUCCCUCUCUUUAACAAAUAAAAGAGAUAAAUACUUCAGAGUAUUCGAAGAAACUGGGAGCCAGAUCCAGGUAGCUUUUAGUGGAAACAAUUCCUUGGGCUACUCUGAUGCCUUGUUCACCAUGUCAGAUGGUAUUCGACAGAGUACGGCUAUUUCUUACUUAGUUCCUGUUAGAAAUCGUCCAAACUUACAUGUUUUAAAGAAUACUCUUGUAAAGAAAAUUAUAUUUGAUGCUUUUAAUAAUGCUGUAGGUGUUGAAGCGUACACUUAUGACAAAAGAUACAUUGUAGUGAAAUCUAGAAAAGAAGUCAUUGUAUCGGCUGGUAUUGUCAAUUCCCCAAAGCUUCUUAUGCUGUCAGGCGUCGGCCCAAGAAGCCAUCUGUAUAGUCACAAGAUUGCUACAAUAUCAGAUCUACCAGUUGGAAAAAACUUGCAGGAUCAUUUGGCUGUAGUUAUUGUAUUCAAUAUGACAAACCUGAUAUAUCCUUAUAGACCUUGGAAUCCUUAUAAGUAUCCAGCAUCAGUUUUAAUGGGCUAUGUGUCUUUGAACGAGUCGAGUAACUAUCCUGACUACCAAACUUUCAACUUUGUCAGUCUCCCUACGUACCUCAUGAGUUAUUGCACCUUCACGUACAGCCAAACUGACGAGAUCUGCAACAAUAUGAUCGGGACUGAUGUCAACUCCGAGAUGAUGUUUUCUAUAGUAAACAAGCAGCUGUACAAGUCGAGAGGAGAAAUUCUUUUGAAGAAUGGCGACUUUAUGGAAAAACCUUACAUUUAUACAAACUAUUAUACAGAAGAAGAAGAUCUAGAUGACCAUGCGAGAAUAGUAGAAGAUUUUAUGAAGAUUUUGGACACAGAUGCGUUUCAGAAAAUUGGUGGUACGUUCAAGGAUCCUAAAUUACCUGAUUGCAGAAAUUAUACAGUGGGUACCAGAGACUAUUGGAAAUGUUAUAUACGAUGUAUGACGACUUCUGAACAUCAUUAUAGUAGUACCUGUGCCAUGGGAUCUGUGGUGGACUCCAGAUUAAGGGUGUAUGGUGUGAAAAGACUAAGGGUCGCUGAUGCCAGUGUCAUGCCAUACCCUACUGCAGGAGGUACUUUAGGUGCUGCGAUCAUGAUUGGAGAGAAAGUGUCUGACAUGAUCAAAGAAGACAACCAACAAAACAGACCUUUUACAAGAAAUUGUUGCUAAUCAUUUCUUUCUUAGUUCAGUUAACACCUUGAACGCCAUGGGGGACAAGGUAUGGGCCACGAUAGCGGAAGAUUUACCCUCAACAGUUUUC